UAUACAGAAUAUGCAGAAGCUCAGUAUUUCGCUGCUACUUGUGUUUUUUGCCUGCCACGCGCGCGUUUCUUCAGCUGCAACGCAGUCAGUGUGCCUGCUGCAGAACGCGCCGCAACAGUGUGGCGAGUUUUGCCUCACAGUACUGAGCCCCAUGCUGGAUCAUAUUGCCAGGCACCAGGACGAGUGGACCUCUAGUAUUCUGCAAGCUAACGAAACGGAGGCGAGACUGGGCAGGAUCGAGGCUCUGCAGACGGCGAUGCACUACAGGCAGAAGGUCCUGCAGGAGGGCUUUGCGAAGGACAUUGGGUCGAGGCUGGACAGGCUGGAAAGUCAGCAGGCGGCGCUGUUGCGGAUACUCACCAAGUUCGAUAGGAAAAUAGUUCCGCCCAAGUUCGAGCUGAUCGGUUCGAGGUACUUCUACAUCGAGGACGAAACGCGAAGGAACUGGACCUCGGCGGGCAGCUGCUGUCUGCAGAUGGGCGCUCAACUGGCCACCAUUCGCAGUGCGGAGGAGCUGGCUUCCCUCAAGGCCAAGCUCAACAAGGAGCGACACUACUGGCUGGGCAUCACCGAUCUGGCGAGGGAGGGGGACUUCAGGUCCUCAGCCUCAGGCAAGAGGCCCAACUUCUUCAAGUGGAGAGCGGGUCAGCCCAAUAACUUCAGCGGCAAUCAGCACUGCGUCGAUCUGUUAGACGGACUCAUGUACGACAAUAAAUGUGAAGGAUUGAGCUACUUUAUUUGCCAGUCGGACGAUGAUAGCUUGGACUAAAGGUCGCGGCUAUGUACUUUGUACUACACACUAAAUGCAACCACUGGCCAAGUCCAA